AGGACCCAGGAAGGACACAGCAGUGGGGAUAUAAAUAGAGAAGGAGAACAGAACAAAGUUUGAGGAGAGAGACUUACAUCACUCACUCCCCCUCCACCCAGAGAGCAGGACGGAGGUGUGAACUUGAGCCAGACCAGAAGGAGCUCGAGAGCGGCCGCAGGACAAGCCUGAGGAGCAGGCGGGUGCUCCAGGGAAAAACCACGCACAAAACCUUCUUCAGAGAAAAGGGAAGCUCCAAACCUGACUGAGACAAACGGAGGCUCUUGAAAUAAAAAGAAAAUACCGCAGGACAAACAGCCUCCCGUCCCCAAGCACAGGUCGCAGCCACAGUGGUGACCUGGGAUUGCUUUCCCAGGACUGCGAGUCGGGUCUGGGUUUCUCCUCCACAGCUGCUCUGGUCAUCGCAACGUGUUUAUUGAUCACUGAAGCAUCUCAAGUUUUGAGACAAGGAAGAAACACCCAUUAGGUCUCCAAGACAGCUGCGUUUCACAAACUUUAAGGAGACAGAACUUUUUCUCCCCUGGAACCUGUGAAAAUGUCCCUUUCCCAAGGAAGUGAAGGUUAAGAGGUCCCGUUCUCACAGACCCUCAGGAAUUUCUCUUGGCUCCGAGCUUUGACUUCCGAGAGAGCCAUGGAAAAGCUGCUGCGGCUGUGCCGCUGGUACUCCUGGCUGCUGCUAUUUUAUUACAGCUUUCAGGUGCGUGGCGUCUACUCCAGAUCGCAGGACCAUCCAGGAUUUCAGGUGUUGGCGUCUGCUUCCCAUUACUGGCCGCUGGAGAAUGUGGAUGGGAUCCAUGAACUUCAGGAUACAACUGGAGCAUCCCGAACCCACAAGCUCACUGUGCUUCCUUCCCGUAAUGCUACCUUUGUGUAUUCCAAUGACUCUGCCUACUCAAAUCUCUCUGCAACCGUAGAUAUUGUGGAAGGGAAGGUCAACAAAGGCAUUUACCUGAAAGAGGAAAAGGGAGUCACGCUUCUCUAUUACGGCAGGUACAACAGCUCCUGCAUUAGCAAGCCAGAGCAGUGUGGCCCUGAAGGGGUCACAUUUUCUUUUUUCUGGAAGACACAAGGAGAACAGUCUAGACCAAUCCCUUCUGCGUAUGGGGGGCAGGUCAUCUCCAAUGGGUUCAAAGUCUGCUCCAGCGGCGGCAGAGGCUCUGUGGAGCUGUACACGCGGGACAAUUCCAUGACAUGGGAGGCCUCCUUCAGCCCCCCAGGCCCCUAUUGGACUCAUGUCCUAUUUACGUGGAAAUCCAAGGAGGGCCUGAAAGUCUACAUCAACGGGACCCUGAGCACCUCUGACCCGAGUGGAAAAGUGUCUCGUGACUAUGGAGAGUCCAACGUCAACCUCGUGAUAGGGUCUGAGCAGGACCAGGCCAAGUGUUAUGAGAACGGUGCUUUCGAUGAGUUCAUCAUCUGGGAGCGGGCCCUGACUCCGGAUGAGAUCGCCAUGUACUUCACUGCUGCCAUUGGAAAGCAUGCUUUACUGUCUUCAACGCUGCCAAGCCUCUUCAUGACAUCCACAGCAAGCCCCAUGAUGCCCACAGAUGCCUACCAUCCCAUUAUAACCAACCUGACAGAAGAGAGAAAAACCUUCCAAAGUCCCGGAGUGAUACUGAGUUACCUCCAAAAUGUAUCCCUCAGCUUACCCAGUAAGUCCCUCUCGGAGCAGACAGCCUUGAAUCUCACCAAGACCUUCUUAAAAGCUGUGGGAGAGAUCCUUCUACUGCCUGGUUGGAUUGCUGUGUCAGAGGACAGCGCCGUGGUACUGAGUCUCAUCGACACUGUUGACACCGUCAUGGGCCACGUAUCCUCCAACCUGCACAGCAGCAUGCCCCAGGUCACCGUGGAGGGCUCCUCUGCCAUGGCAGAGUUUUCCGUGGCCAAAAUCCUAACCAAGACCAUGAAUUCCUCCCAUUACCGCUUCCCGGCCCACGGGCAGAGCUUCAUCCAGAUCCCCCACGAGGCCUUCCACAGGCACGCCUGGAGCACCGUCGUGGGUCUGCUGUACCACAGCAUGCACUACUACCUGAACAACAUCUGGCCUGCCCACACCAAGAUCGCGGAGGCCAUGCAUCACCAGGACUACCUGCUGUUCGCCACCAGCCACCUGAUUUCCCUGGAGGUGUCCCCUCCGCCCACCCUGUCUCAGAACCUGUCGGGCUCUCCGCUCAUUACGGUCCACCUCAAGCACAGAUUGACCCGUAAGCAGCACAGUGAGAUCACCAACAGCAGCAACCGAGUCUUCGUGUACUGUGCCUUCCUGGACUUCAGCUCCGGAGAAGGGGUCUGGUCGAACCAGGGCUGUGCGCUCACGAGAGGAAACCUCACCUACUCCAUCUGCCGCUGCACUCACCUCACCAACUUUGCCAUCCUCAUGCAGGUGGUCCCACUGGAGCUUGCACGCGGACACCAGGUGGCGCUGUCGUCUAUCAGCUACGUGGGCUGCUCCCUCUCCGUGCUCUGCCUGGUGGCCACACUGGUCACCUUUGCCGUGCUGUCCUCCGUGAGCACCAUCCGGAACCAGCGCUACCACAUCCACGCCAACCUGUCCUUUGCCGUGCUGGUGGCCCAGGUCCUGCUGCUCAUUAGCUUCCGCCUCGAGCCAGGCACGACCCCCUGCCGGGUGAUGGCCGUGCUCCUACACUACUUCUUCCUGAGUGCCUUCGCAUGGAUGCUGGUGGAGGGGCUGCACCUCUACAGCAUGGUGAUCAAGGUCUUUGGGUCGGAGGACAGCAAGCACCGUUACUACUAUGGGAUGGGAUGGGGUUUUCCUCUUCUGAUCUGCAUCAUUUCACUGUCAUUUGCCAUGGACAGUUACGGAACAAGCAACAAUUGCUGGCUGUCGUUGGCGAGUGGCGCCAUCUGGGCCUUUGUAGCACCUGCCCUGUUUGUCAUCGUGGUCAACAUUGGCAUCCUCAUCGCUGUGACCAGAGUCAUCUCACAGAUCAGCGCCGACAACUACAAGAUCCAUGGAGACCCCAGUGCCUUCAAGUUGACGGCCAAGGCAGUGGCCGUGCUGCUGCCCAUCCUGGGCACCUCGUGGGUCUUUGGCGUGCUUGCUGUCAAUGGUUGUGCUGUGGUUUUCCAGUACAUGUUCGCCACGCUCAACUCCCUGCAGGGACUGUUCAUAUUCCUCUUUCAUUGUCUCCUGAAUUCAGAGGUGAGAGCCGCCUUCAAGCACAAAACCAAGGUCUGGUCGCUCACGAGCAGCUCCGCCCGCACCGCCAACGCGAAGCCCUUCCACUCGGACAUCAUGAAUGGGACCCGGCCAGGCACGGCCUCCACCAAGCUCAGCCCUUGGGACAAGAGCAGCCACUCUGCCCACCGCGUAGACCUGUCAGCCGUGUGAGCCGGGAGGCUGCCAACCAGGCCAGGCUGCACUCAGAACGCACCCCCCAAAACGGAAUGAAAUGCCCCACCUUUGCCCAUGGGACCCUCUCCUUGCUGCUGUCUGGACAUGGGUGUUGCGGCCCCGAGACAGCUGUCCUCCCCUGUGACUCUGGCUGUCAGAGCACACUGCUGAGCCCAGCAGCCUGAUGCCCAGGCCAAUGUGGCCCCUCCUGCCUCGCGUCCACCCGUGGGCUGAGUGACUCCCUCUGGGGACUCCCAGGACACAGUGGCCUUACUGUGAUGGUGCCCUUGAGCCUCCCUUCGUCACUGAGCACCAGACCCAGCAAGGCCAGGACACUCAGGGCCUGGUCCCGCAGCACCAGGAGGGGACGUUCAGUGUCUGUGCCUUGGUGGGACUUGGGGACUCAGGGCCAAAGAGGUGGUUCAGGUCCCCACGCACCCUCAGUCAGGCGCAGGCAGCUGGGGGUGUGUGGGGAAGAGCAUGAGGAGUCCCCAGUGUCUGAAUCCACUGAGUGGUGAGUUGCCCACAGCCGGCGCCAGCCGUGGUGUGUGUCUCCGUAGGUGGUGCUGGCGUGGGCCAACCUGCGCUGUGUCAUCAGUUUGGGGCCCCUGCCCAAGCCGAGCUCGAGCCGUGGGCGGGAGUCGUUGACUCUCCAGGUGAGGGUGACCCCUCUGCCCUGUCCUUGGGGGGGUCCCCUCUGCUCACGUGAAGAGCCGCUCUGGGCCUUGAGGCUGCCUGAUGGUACCUGUGCUUUGGGGAGCUUCUUGGCCAUCCUCUGUGAGUUUUGCCUCUUUGGACCCCAAUUCGGCCUUAAGAUGCCCUCCUUCCUCGUGUGCGAGCCUCCUUGGUUGUUCUUGGGCCACGGGAGCUGGCCGUGUCCCUGCAGUGCCUGGUGUCCAGGUGGAAAAUGGAGAGCAUUUUCCAAGGCACCACUUUCCCCAGAGACUUCCUCAUGACUCGCAGGCACUCCACUAAGUUUCUAAUGGGCAGACCACGCCGCAUGUAGCACAGUGCGCUCCGUCUGGUCACCAUGAGACCGACCUGCGCUAAGUCCCCACUGACCUGGAGAGGGAGGGCUGGCGACAGCCGUGUCUUCUGUGUUGAGGGAAAUUUAUGGACUCAGACUCAGCCCCAGAGGAGAUGGGAUAAUCGUUAGACCCGUGCGUGGGCAUGAUCCUGUGGAACACAGGUUUGGGAUCAUAGAUGUGAAUUAAGACACCACUGAGACACGGGCUGUGAGGUUCAUACUGUGCCGAUAGCACUUGUGGUGUCUGUGAAAUGUGGGUAAGACAUUCAAACCUGGUUUUGAUACUGGAAACUCUUCCUUUAAAACUGUGAGCAUGAUUUCAUUCAGCCCCUCCGCACCCCUAUGUCUGCCUUGUUUCAGAGGGAGUUUUCUAUGCAGCCUGUGGCCCUUUUGCAUGCCAUAUGGUGGCUUCUUAAUGUAACUCUUCCCCUGGCCACCUGGAGUGGACCAGUCAUCCGCAGGCCUCUCCUGCUUGGGGAGGGUAGGCAGGGAGCAGCAUGUCUGCAGGGGUGAAUCUUUGCUCGUCUGUCAGGCGAGGCCCAGGCUGCACCGGCCACCUGACACAUGGUGACAGUGCCACGGGCCCUGCGUAUAGCCCCUGCCACCGUGCUGUGGUGGGCACACCCGGCUGCUGCGGGCCAAGGCCACUGUUCAGUGAAGAGUCCCAUCUUUAGUAUGGACUGAAGUCCCAUGUUUAGCCACUGCCCCAGGCUCCCAUGACCCCAGAAACCAGGUCACGUGGACCACAGUGCCAGAUCCUCAUCACACCUGUGAGCACCUAGAAGUGAGAACACUGUAUUCCUACAAUUUACACUUGGAUAUUUUUCCUUAUUUAGUUUCUAGUGAAACAAAUCAAGUAAGGAACUAUCUUUAGUUUAGAUGGAAUUAUUUGUUUUUAACUGUUGCCAUAUUCAUCUAUAUAGCUAAUAUUUCAAGAUAAGUAAUGAACAAAACCUGUCUAAACCUUUUAUUUCCAAUGAAUGAAAGUCGUGCGCUUUAUUUAUAGGCUCUAUAUGUUUUGGCUUCUGCAGUACUUUUAUUAUCUAUACAUAAUUUGGCCAAAAAUAAGAAAUUGGAAAGAAUGAAAUGUUUAGUUUAUAGUAGAAGAAAGAUGAUGACACUAAGUUGUGAAAAUAUGUUGUGAUUUUCAUGAAAUAAAAUCUUCAUGUCCUUAAAAGAAA